AUGUCGUCCACCGCACCCGAAGCGUCCGUCCUACCGCCUGCACCAUGGAAGAAGCAGUUCCACGAAGACCUCUCCAAGAUGAAAUCACCAGAGUUUGUACUAGGCACACUGGAUUCGGCGCCCCCGGGCGCGCCCGUACCUUUUGUUCCGCGCGUGCGAUUCUGCAUCUUCCGUGGCUUCUGGGCCGAGUUGCCGGAGAACAAGCACAAUGAUGCGGAGCGCAACCCUCGGGUGUACGAGAGCGAUUGUCCUACCUUUACGACGGAUGUGCGCAUGGAGAAGGUCAGGCAGAUUUUUGCGACGAGUGCGGGGCAUGCGGAGAGUGAAGGUCAGGUUCAGGGUAGUGGUGGGGGUGGUCCUGUUGAGGCGGUGUAUUGGAUCUCAGAGGCUGGGACGCAGUGGAGGAUUAAAGGGCGGGCUUUUGUUGUUGCGGAUGAUAUUGAAGGCGAUGGGGAGAGUAGUGGAGUGAGGACGGUGAAGAGCGAGGUGGGGAAGAGGAUGAGGCAUCUUUCAGAGGGUGGGCAGGAGCAGGAUUGGAGCUGGCAGAAGGAGCUGACUGGCUUCUUUGGCAACCAAUCUCCAGGCAUCAAAGGAUCUUUCAAGAACCCACCUCCAGGACAGGCCGUUGACAAACCUUAUGAUGAGAAGAACCUCAAGCUGGGAACAAAGGCGAAUGAUCUCCACGACUCUGUUGCACGCAAAAACUUCCGACUGGUCAUCAUCGUGCCCGAUCAAGUCGAGAUGACCGAUCUCAGCGACCCGGCGAAGGGAAGAAGAUAUCGAUACACAUUUGAUGACUCUACGCCAGGAAAGGCUACCUGGAAGACCGAAGAACUAUGGCCGUGA